AUGAAGAUGAUUAAGCUUGUUGACUAUGAACAUCAACGGCAACAAGCGCAGAUCACGCAUGCGGUGGUGCAGCUAGACCUCUACAGCUUCAAAAUGAUUGUUACAACCGGAAAGAUGACAUCCACGGACAUGUACUGGCUGCUAUCCAACAAAUUGGGACUCAAGGUUCAGGCACUAGCACAUUCGGAAACAGCAGGAGCGAGUAUCAAUGAUAAACAGUGGGACGUGGAUAUUUAUGCAGCAGCUUGCCCUCAGCAAUUAAGACGUGUCGCGAAGGUGGUGCUAGCCAACACCACUAUAGUCGUUUACCACCACACGGUGUACCAAGGAUGGCCUUGUGCACUAUGCGCGGCACCAGAUCACCCGGCACGCUACUGCAAGAUAGCAAUGGAGCAGAUCGACGAAACGAAAGCAAACCACACCCUAGUACUGGACGGCAAAGUCCCAUCGACGACCGGAAAGGAAGGAAGAGAAUACCAGCCAGAGACAAUGCCUAAGACAGUGGAGGAGCUGAUAAUGCAGAUUCAAAAGACUGCAGGGCGGAGGACGGCCAGUACAACGAGGAACAGCACAGAAAGAGAAGGUGACCGCCCGUCGUUACCGAGCGAGUGGGAACAAUGUCAUCACGAAAUCAACGUCGAGCAAGACGACGAGCUGGAGGACAAGCAGGCGUCUCCGGCUUCAAUGGUCCGUGAGACAGCAGUUGACGACGACAUUGACAUGCAACCCGCAGACCAUGGGGCUGCAUUCCACCGAGGAGACACCACAGAUCAGGCAGUGCGCGAAGGGCUGGGCUCGUCCACAAACGAGAAAAGGACGACGACUCCGCGAACAAAACAGACUCCCCUACGGGACAAAUGGGGCCAUGGCAGUGGAGGUGGGGCUGAACAAGAAGCGUACGAUCGGCAAAAGGUGGACAAGAAGAUUAAGCUCGAGCCAGUCCAACGUUCACAAGUCAAGCUGGUGCUUAGACCACAGCAGGAGCAGGAAAUUAAUGGACGGACGGCCGCUGAGAGACUCCCAAACACCGAGCAGAAGGCUCAAGCUCAGGGUGCAGCCAAAACGACGACAUCCCGAACUACGUCACCCAAACGAAAACUGCCAACAGCGAAGGAGGCAGAGGAUCGCCCCUCCAAGGAGAGAAGGCAGGAGACCCGAAUCCCGCAGGGUAAUACCAGGCAGGAGGCUCGAUCAGAAUCCCCAAACAAACGCAGCUCUGUUCGAAGAGGUAGUGGCGACUCGAGCUGCCGACAACAGUACAUCCACCUCUUCCUGGAGAAAACGCUGAACAAGACUGAAUUGGAAUGGAAGAAUAUGACCGCAGAAGACGGAGGAAUAGCAGUGACAGCAGCGCCACCUCAACUACCAGGUAGCACAGGUAUCACUCUGAAGAAGGACCAAUCAGAUGCCGAGCUGACAGAUCGCAGCUACAAAGGAGAAGAGUGCAGAAUUACAAAAAUAUUGCCAGCGACGAAUGAAGGCAAACACUUCAAUGCGUGGAUGGCUCUGGUAGGGGGUACAAUUGUAGAUGUUGCGGCAACAGGGCACUGCGGAUGGAUUGCAGGCUAUGCCUCACUGAAGAAUAUAGCCGAAGGGUUACUUCAUCCAGGCUCCAAACUGGCGGAUGACAUCAACCUGUUUAAGAAGGACGUACGGAAUGGAAUGCUGACCAAUCUCCAGGACGAAUUCGCUGCCUACCCCAGCGAUCUGGACACGGGAUUAGAAGAAAGUGGCAUCAGGACUCCAAAGGAUUCCCCCUUUGAAGUAGGAAGUCGAUACUGGACCGGCUGGGAGUCAUAUCCACAAGAAGAUCUCGGUGGCGAAAUUCCUUAA